UAUAGUGUUUUUCAUAAUUCACCAGGCUUAUAGACCAAUUAGUCCACAGAACUGUAUAACCCUUCCUUACCCAAAAAUACACCCAAUUGCUCUAAGCUUGCAAUGCCUGGUAUAGCAGUGGGCAAUGUAGGCAAAUACUGAGUUUGUAAACCCACCCCGUCCCGUGACUCUUAUCCGUCCCAACUUAGACCUCAAUCAACCAUGAUGGACCUCAGCAGUGAUAUGGCCUCCUUGGAAGAUGACAUACAAGAGUUUAACAUUGAAAAGGAUGUUAGAACCAGUCUUAAGAGCCAAGAAGAACUGGAUAAACUCACAGUGGAUGAAACAUUAAGUGAUGUAGACCGCGCUGUGUAUUUACUCAGUUCAGGGCAAGAAGUGCAAUUCCUUAGCGUGAUUCACAAUCUUCCAUCCCUACUCAAGGGCUGGCAAAACGAAAGCAUUAGGAGGGUGCUACCGAAGGUCAAAGAGAUGUUACACACAGCAGGCCUAGAUGUUCAACUGGCGGCGACAGAGGUCUUUACCACUGUGGCCAAAGAAGAGCUAUUACCAAUUGCUGUGUACACUCAGCAUUUUCUUAGAGCCAUCAUAACAAACAUGAACACCAAAGAACCGGCCUCGUCACAAGCCUGGCUCGACACUCUUCUCUCCGUCAUCCCAUUCCUCCCAAAAGAAACCGUCCGACGAGAGGUUCUUGGACUCGCCAUAGCAAAAGGCCAACUUUCCCAGCCCACUGCAUCACGUUUGUCUUGCUGUUCCAUCCUUGGGGCUGUGGCUGUAAAGUUUGAUGCUCACAUAGUUAAAAAAGACAUCGUGCAUACUGUCAAGCAGCUGUGUCAGGACGUUGAGCACAAUGUUCGUGCAUGCAUGUGUUCCUAUCUGCACAGUGUGGCUGCAGCAUUAGGAGCUGAGGAGACACGCAAAUGCAUCCUUGAUGAAGUUGUGGAGCUUGCUGGUGAUGAGGAGAGCCAAGUCCGGGAGGCGGCGAUGGAGGCUCUUCUAAACAUGACAGAUCUUCUUGAUGAUGAUUGCUUAGUACAGCAUGUGGUACCCUUGGUAUGCAAGUAUUGUGAACAAGCUUUGCAGAAUGAAGAUCAUACCAUGCUUAGUGUGGCGAAAAAUUUUGGCCGAUUUUGCCACAAUAUUUCAAAAAAUUUCAACGCUGAACAACAUGCAUGGCUUUUAUCAAUAUACCGAAAGCUUUGUACGGUUGGACGUACACCCCUUGACCUUAACGAUGGGAGUCAGGACCCCAUCAUGCUCCAUAUAACCCCACCCACCCCCGACGUUACCCCAACACCUUCCCACCAACCCAACCCUGAUAAAAUGGAGGAAUACUUAGGAUGCAGGAGGCUUAGCGCAUACAAUUUUCCGGCUGUUGUUGUGUUUUGCUUGACGGAAUCGUUUGAACACGAGUUACUUGAAUGCGCGUCUCUACUUUGCACCGAUGCUGACCCACAAGUACGGAAACAUUUUGCUUCAGGUUUACACGAAGUUGCUCAAAGUUUAGAAGCGCUUGCGUAUCUCGUCCAACCCCACCUAGUGUUGCUUCUACGUGAGCGUCACGUGCCUGGCGUGCUUGACGCUUGUUUGCGGCGACUCCCUGAUACACUUACAGCUGUCAUUAUACGUGGGAACCUUGCUGAUAAUAAGGUUAACGGAGUUACUGAGUUGAUAGGAGCGCUCCUUGCUGCCCUCUCGAGGCUCGAACAACAAUGGCCGAGCGUUUGGCGACCUCUAGAAACCCUUGUCACGCAUCUGCGGCGCCUGCCAGAUGUUAUAACCUCAGAUCAGAUAUAUUACAAAUUUGCUCCCAUCAUAUUCAAGCUGCUCACGACCAACCAUUAUCUUCCUGUGAGACAAGCAGCAGCAUCUACCGUUUGUGUUUUUAUUCGACACAACAGGAAAAUGGAGCAACGAAGGGAGAUGUGGGACCGCUUAAUACAAGAUCUUUGCUACUCUCGAAAUUAUCGGAACCGAAAUUUGUUCUUUGAUGCAUGUCGUCACAUGAUGGCUCUAUUUUCCCGCUCGUUUUUCAAGGAGCAUCUGUUCGAACAUGUGCUUGGUUUAUUCAAUGAUCCUGUACCUAAUGUGCGCUUGUGUCUGUGCAAGAUACUACCCAGUAUGAAGGCGUUGCUCAAGCUUCCAAAAGAUAGAUCCCUCCAUGGUCAGUUGGAAACCAACGUAAGAAAACUUCUGUCAUCUGAGAAAGAUAGAGAUGUGUCCAUCGCAAUUCGAACAACUAUAUUGGAGCUUGAUCGUACAGAAGUAGCGAUGGAAUCGUUAACUGCUCAGCAUCAUGUGGAUGUUGACCUCCAGGAUCAGAGAAAAGAAGAGGAGGAACUGAUGCUCCUCCAACAAGAGAUGAAGAACAAAGACGAAGAUGCCAGGUCGUUACGCAGCCAUGGUAGCAGUCACUCUUCAUCAUCAGUAGGUAAAGCAAUGGCCAACCGUUCAGAUAAAAAGAAGAAACGAAAUAAUUCGGUUCAGUCUAGCACCCAAUCAUCCUUGCUUAAAGUGAAUGGCAAAGACAAAGAGAAAUCAAGAUCACUCCAUCAACUCGAUUCAAGGUCAAAUCCAGGUUACCCCCAACAAAGAGAAGGAAUAUUGGCCAACGCUACUGGUAGCGGCAUCUCAUCAGUGUUAUAUAACCUUGGAACCUCCACUUCACCUCGGUCCCUUCCCAACCACUUUGCCACGCAUAGCUCUUACCUAACGGGGGCCAACAACCCCGCAAACCAGGGACCUUCGACGGCCCUCGGACACAAGGGCCCCCCCUUUCAUGGCCAGCCAAUGGGCCAAACACGGUCCUCCCCUUUAUCCGCAAGUGCCGGAUUUAUCGGAUCUAUCCCAACUGCACAAUCUAAUCAAUCAACGUCUUCAACACAUCAAACUAAUAAAACCACCAGAAAAUCCGACCGUCGCAAAGCAUCAGCUCUCUCCCACCAAAACACUGCAAGUCAAGACGAACCACGCACACGUAAAGACAGCACCGGAAGUGCGUCAUCAACCGGAAGUGGAAGUAGGAAAGGCCAUCAAGCGUUGCGUAGGAAAGGCUCUCUACCCGGUAGUCCUAUAGGAGCAUCAUCAAAUCGAACUCGUAAAGAGAAAAACGCGAGAUAAGACGCGCCAAGCAACUUAAACGUAACGUAACGCACCGCAACGCGGCCCGACAGAUUGUUUAGCGUUAAUUGCCAACACCGUGCACCCCAUAUCUCCUAGAACGUUUUUCCAUUCCUAUACCCAUGCAAGGAUAUUGCAUAUUUCUUAUGAAAGGCAGAGGAUUUUUUGAAGGGGUUAUUUUUCCCAAUCUCUCUCAGGUUCCAGUUUCGUCCUUCAUCUUGCUAAGUUCGCGUCUUUUCACGUCCACUUGCGCACCCUAGUCUUCGCCAUGCUGCGAUACCUCAUACCUAGCAAAACCAGCCUAUAACAAUUCCUAGCUUUAAAAUAAGUCUACUUAAAAUGCCCCGCUUUACUCUAAGCAAUAUACACUCUUCUGUACGAGCGCUAUGAAUACGAUAGACAGUUUUUCACACUAAACUGAUCUGAGUAAAAACGUCAAAACACCUAUAGUAGGGUGGGAGAAGAUGGGACACCUUUUGUGCAUAAUACCCAAAUAUCCUGUUCUUGUUUUAAACAAUUUACAGCAGUAUAUGGAGUUCGUAAGGAUACGGUUUAAUAUUUAUUUGAAUGUUCUUUGUUUACUACCGAAUGGGACGAGAAAAUACAAUAAAAAGCUGUCCCAUAUUUCCCAACCCCACUAUAUAUAUUUUACCUUCACCAAAAACCGUACACGUUUUCCUACGAUCUCGUUUUUUUUUUGCAUUUUUCCAAAUACGUACAUUUACACUUAUCGGUACCAUCCUAUAUCCCAUGUUUCCAGCCAAGGUAUAAACUCAUUCCGUCCCGUUUUCCUACAAGCAAGAUCGAACCUCAAACCCAUAUAUUUACCACUUUACUUACGUACUAGUGCGUCCGUGUUACUGUUAUUUUUUACCUGUUCAACGACAAUCGUUUUUUACGAUUAUUUUUAGUUACUGCAACGGCAAACCCAAGACAAUAACUUAACGCAUUGAGAAUACGUUUUCUGUGCGUUUUUAUAAUCUCCGGAUCUGUUUUAUGUACACUGUGACUCCACAGUUUUGUUUCUUAUCGGAAGUUUCAGUCUUUAUUGUUACAUCUGCUGUUGAUAUAUAGCACUCCCGCACCCGCUUCAAUACAAAGUAUCGUUGUGUCAA